UUCACACAAUUAGCCAAAGCACUUGUCCUUUCGUGAGGUUAAAGUUUCUUCAGUAAUCGUGAACUGUGACAAAAUAUUAUGAAGAAAGCUGGAGCGACUCUGCAAACCGAGGUGAACACGGAGGAGGAAUGGCAACAGUUACUGAGUCGCCCGGGCCUGAUCGUUGUAGACGUGUACUCUGACUGGAGCGGACCUUGCACUGCCAUGGUAAACACCCUUAAGAAGAUCCAGAUGGAAGUAGGCCUCGAGGCGGUGGACUACGCGAUUGCGCGAAACGAUGACAUUGACGACUUGGCCAGGUUCCGAGGCCGAAGUGAACCCACCUGGAUGUUUUUGCAGAACGGCAAGGUGGUGAAUCUAAUAUUUGGUGCGGAUUGUCCGUUCUUACGAAAGCUACUGAUAAAUGAAGUAAAGAGAGUGCAGCAAUUAGAAACUCCGAAGUGGCGUUUGGAUGUACAUGAACGAGCACCCGAAGAGGACAUCCGAUGGCAGCAAGAAGAAGCCAUUAGGCGAGCGCUGGAAGAAGAGAAACAAGCAAAGGAAGAAGCCGAGAGGCUGGAAAAAUACGAGCGAUUUAUGGCGCAAAUGAUGGUCGAGUUGUGCGAGCAUACGGCGCUGGUGCUUUAUCCGUGGGUUUUUAAGGACGACCGUGGAAGACCUCUGACUAAGCAGCAGAGUCCACAGUAUACAGAACUCGUGAAGGAUCUCUUCAAACAAUGCUACGACGUGCAGGAGGAAGCACGGAUCCAACUAAACGAGGACAUAAUCGAGAAGAUGUUCGUCGAGAGCGGCGUCGACAUCACCGAGGAAUUGAUAAAAGGGCUAACCGACGGGAAAUGCAUGGCAAUGAGGUUGAAAGGCAAACCACCCCAUCCAGACUGGCCGGUUCGUUAUCCUUAUGAGAGUCCGGAACGUGAUGCGGUGAACGUUCCGAUCCGUGCCAUCAAUGAUGUCGAGAAUUAUCUUAUUAGUAUCAUCACGGAUGGACCUCUUUUACAACCUGAAGCGGCUGAAGUACCGACUUAUGAUAUGCCUUACAUGCAGAGACACGUGUACGUGCACAAGCCGGAUCCGGAAAUUGAGGGUGAUAUCGACCGCGAGCAUCCCGCGGUUUGGGUACCUCCUCAGGCUAGAAGUAAAGUUCACGUCUUCAAGACUCUAUUUCCGGCUUACAUGGAGAAGAAUCAUCCUUACGAAGAGCCGACAGUUCCUCCGCCGUUGUGUGCUUUCAAAUUCGAAGCAUCGAAAUUCAACAUCGUGCGAGACGCGUACGAAUUGAAUUGUGAUGCGAUUGAAUAUUUCGGCGUCUUCGAGUUCGAUCGGCCGCCUGAGGCGAGACGUAUCACGUCUUUACCCGAGGAUUUUGAAAAGGUGAAGUACAAAACUGGCAAUGAGAUAUUUGUGGUGAUAAUUCGAAGAAUCAACGAAGAAGCCUUCCUGGCUUUUGCCGGCAUCGAGCCAUUCUUCGUGACAGAAGUUGAGAAGGAGGUUGAAGGACUAAUAACGGCAUAUUUCCCUGAAGGAGUAGAGGAUGUGAUGCCAUUAACACCGCCGGAAGAACAAGAAGCACUUUAUGAAGACGAGGGUGAGAAAGAAGAGGAGGAAGAGAAUGAUGAAGAA